AUGCUCACCAGCUGCAACGCCAAGUCGCUGGAGAAGGUGUGUGUCGACUUGAUCAGAGGCGCAAAGGAAAAUAAUCUGAAAGUCAAGGAACUGGUAUACAUGCCUACCAAAACGCUGAGAAUCACUACAAGAAAAACACCUUGUGGUGAAGGUUCCAAGACAUGGGAUUGUUUUCCAAUGAGAAUCCACAAGCUACUGAUUGAUAUACACAUUCCUUCCGAGAUUGUCAAGCAGAUCACUUCCAUCAGUAUUGAGCCAGGAAUGGAGUUUUAA